GAGCAGGCGGAGCAGGCGGGGGCCUGGCCAGUGACGAUGGUGCCAGUGUGAUGCCCAGCAGGGCCGCCGAGACCCGCCGGCAGGAGACCCACACCACCACACUCCAGCCUCACUAUAACGCCACACCCGCCACACUGGACUUACUCCCGAUAUGAAGCGACGGAUCGGAUUCGGUAACGACGGGGAGUUCAUGUCCUAUUUGCUGGACGUUGCCGACCGCACGCAGAGACGUGGCGCCAGCGGCGGCAGCGAGGGCACGACAGAUGAGGGCAAGAGCGACGACAACGACGACGACGACCAGGACCACCUCCACGACCACCACCACCCACCCUCCCUCAAGACCUCUCACCACCACCAGACCAGGAACGGCAAGUCCCGUGAGGCAAACGGUGAGUGUGAGCGGUACACGGAGGUGGCGCCCCGACGCACGACGAGGCUGCAGGAGGCCACGGAGCUACACGAGGUGCCGCUGGACACGGAGAGACACGGCACCAAGAUCCGCGAAGGCCGCCGCUCCAGCAGGCACUCCAAGGCCGCGGAGAAGCCACCCAAGAACAACAACCACCUCAAGGAACUCAACGACGAGACUGAGGGUAAAUGGAACCUGGAGAACCGGUUAAAAGCGAAGGAGGGUACGAGGGAGUACGAGACGCACACCGUCCUCGAGCGUAGAGUGAAGACGGAGAACAACCACGCGGAGGAGAGGCGGGAGAAGAAGGCGAAAGUGAAGCUAAAACCCAAGGUGGAGGUGAAGACCAACACCGAGACCACUGUACAAAACCACGCCCGCCCGCCCGAGGCAGACGACGACCUCCUAGUACAAGAGCUGGAGGUGGGCCAGCAGCUCCACCUCCAUCACCACCACCACCACCACCACCUCCAACACUACCAACAACCUCAACAACAACAACAACAACAGCAAGGACAAGAAGAAGAAAAAAGACGAGAGAAGAGACGAGAAGAGGAAGAAGAAGCUGAAACACCUGGAGGAGGAGAACCUCUCAAAGCAGCCAGCCAGCAGGUAGCACCUCAGUACCUGACAGGUGGCGCCCAGGUGAACCACCUGACAGGUGGCGCCCAGGUGAACCACAUGACAGGUGGCGCCCAGGUGAACCACCUGACAGGUGGCGCCCAGGUGAACCACCUGACAGGUGGCGCCCAGCAGCCGGAGUAUGGACCAGCGGCACAGCAGCCGGAGUAUGGACCAGCGGCACAGCAGCCGGAGUAUGGACCAGCGGCACAGCAGCCGGAGUAUGGACCAGCGGCACAGCAGCCGGAGUAUGGAUCAGCGGCACAGCAGCCGGAGUAUGGACCAGCGGCACAGCAGCCGGAGUAUGGACCAGUGACACAGCAGCUGGAGUAUGGACCAGUGACACAGCAGCUGGAGUAUGGACCAGUGACACAGCAGCCGGAGUAUGGACCAGUGACACAGCAGCCGGAGUAUGGACCAGUGACACAGCAGCCGGAGUAUGGACCAGUGACACAGCAGCCGGAGUAUGGACCAGUGACACAGCAGCCGGAGUAUGGACCAGUGACACAGCAGCCGGAGUAUGGACCAGUGACACAGCAGCCGGAGUAUGGACCAGUGACACAGCAGCCGGAGUAUGGACCAGUGACACAGCAGCCGGAGUAUGGACCAGUGACACAGCAGCUGGAGUAUGGACCAGUGGCACAGCAGCCGGAGUAUGGACCAGCGGCACAGCAGCCGGAGUAUGGACCAGCGGCACAGCAGCCGGAGUAUGGACCAGCGGCACAGCAGCCGGAGUAUGGACCAGUGGCACAGCAGCCGGAGUAUGGACCAGUGGCACAGCAGCCGGAGUAUGGAUCAGCGGCACAGCAGCCGGAGUAUGGAUCAGCGGCACAGCAGCCGGAGUAUGGACCAGUGACACAGCAGCCGGAGUAUGGACCAGUGACACAGCAGCCGGAGUAUGGACCAGUGACACAGCAGCUGGAGUAUGGACCAGUGACACAGCAGCCGGAGUAUGGACCAGUGACACAGCAGCCGGAGUAUGGACCAGUGACACAGCAGCCGGAGUAUGGACCAGUGACACAGCAGCCGGAGUAUGGACCAGUGACACAGCAGCAUGAGUAUGGACCAGAGAUUAUCGUCACACCAGUGACACAGCAGCCGGAGUAUGGACCAGUGACACAGCAGCCGGAGUAUGGACCAGUGACACAGCAGUAUGGACCAGUGACACAGCAGCCGGAGUAUGGACCAGUGACACAGCAGUAUGGACCAGUGACACAGCAGUAUGGACCAGUGACACAGCAGUAUGGACCAGUGACACAGUAUGGAGCAGUGACACAGCCGGAGUAUGGACCAGUGACACAGCAGCCGGAGUAUGGACCAGUGACACAGCAGUCGGUGUAUGGAUGGACCAGUGACACAGCAGCCGGAGUAUGGACCAGUGACACAGCAGCGGUGUAUGGACCAGUGACACAGCCGGAGUAUGGACCAGUGACACAGCAGUUUGGACCAGUGAUGACACAGCAGCCGGAGUAUGGACCAGUGACACAGCGGCCGGAGUACGGACCAGUGACACAGCAGUUUGGACCAGUGACACAGCAGCCGGAGUAUGGACCAGUGACACAGCAGCCGGUGUAUGGACCAGUGACACAGCGGCCGGAGUAUGGACCAGUGACACAGCAGCCGGUGUAUGGACCAGUGACACAGCGGCCGGUGUAUGGACCAGUGACACAGCAGUAUGGACCAGUGACACAGCAGCUGGAGUAUGGACCAGUGACACAGCAGCCGGAGUAUGGACCAGUGACACAGCAGCCGGAGUAUGGACCAGUGACACAGCAGCCGGAGUAUGGACCAGUGACACAGCAGCCGGAGUAUGGACCAGCGACACAGCAGCAGGAGUAUGGACCAGUGACACAGCAGCCGGAGUAUGGACCAGCGACACAGCAGCCGGAGUAUGGACCAGUGACACAGCAGCCGGAGUAUGGACCAGUGACACAGCGGCCGGAGUAUGGACCAGUGACACAGCAGUAUUGGUAA